AUGGGAAAGUUAUUUAGGAAGAUCGGAGAAGAAGACAAGUCAAUUAAGAGUUUAGAACCAGUUGCAUCUCUGAGUGCGGAAGGUGUCAAUCUUGACACCAAAGUCUUGUGCAUCCCGAGGGUUUCAAUGGGGAUUGAAGUUCGAGCAGCUAUGCCAAAGUUGUAUGUAUCAAAAGGCUUUUCAUUAACACAACAUGACCAAAGUGGCUUGACCAAGUUGAAAGAGCCUAUUUUUGUUAAGCCCGUUCAACAGCUUCCAGUAAUUGAUUCAAAGGCUGUCCCUUGGAACUAUAACAAAACCGCAGUGGUUUAUCAAGGAAAGGAGAUUGUCGAAGAAGUUGACGAAGCGGGGGGUUUGACACGCUCUGGAAGAUGUUAUUCACCAGAAGAAUUAAGAAAAGGCAAGAUGACUGAAAAUAUCCAAGUACCACUAAAGAAAGCAGUUACUGAAGAAGAAAAUGUAGAAUUUCUAAAAAAGCUUAAGGUUCCAGAUUACUCUGUCGUGGAACAAUUGAAGAAGACGCCUGCACAGAUUUCACUGUUGUCUAUACUUUUGCACUCAGAAGAACAUUGUCUUGUGUUGAAUAAGGUUUUGAAUGAAGCAUAUGUGCCAAAAGAGACCACAGUAAAUCAGUUGGAGAAUAUGACCAAGCACGUCUUCGAGUCAAACGCCACCACUUUCACUAAUGAUGAGGUGCCCAAGGAGGGAGCUGGACACAACAAAGCUUUGCAUCUUACAGUGACUUGUGAAGGUUACUAUGUAAAGAGGGUCAUGAUAGAUGGAGGGUCAGGGGUAGACAUAUGUCCUCUUUCUACGCUACAAAGCUUGAAAGUUAACAUUGACAGAAUUCGCCCCAGUAAUGUAUUUGUGCGAGCUUAUGAUGGCUCAAGGAGGGAUACCAUUGGUGAAAUCAAGUUAAACAUGACAAUUGGUCCAGUAGUCUUUACGAUUGUGUUCCAAGUAAUGGAUAUGGAAACAUCUUAUAAUUUUCUACUAGGAAGGCCAUGGAUCCACAUAGCUCGAGCCGUCCCAUCAACUCUACAUCAAGUUGUCAAGUUUGAAUACAACAAUCAGGAAAUCACUGUUCAUGGGGAAGAUGAUUCACCUAUUUACAGAGAUCCAUCCGUCCCAUACAUUGAGGCAAGGGAAGGAUGUGAUUCUGUUGUUUACCAGUCUUUUGAGGUUGUAUCAGUCGAUCGCUUUAAAGAAGGAGAAUCUAUCAUCCAAUCAUGUAUCUCUUCUUCCGCUUCAAUGGUAGCAAUGACGAUGCUCAAAUAUGGUUAUCAACCCGGUAAAGGUUUGGGAGUAUAUUCGCAAGGAAUCGUGGAUCCCAUUACUCUUUUAGAAAACCAAGGCACCUCUGGCCUCGGAUACAAACAAAGCAAGAGAAAUGGAGAUAAAGCUAAGAACCACAAAAGGAUUGAUUGGUCGUUGCCACAACCGAUUCCCCAUAUUUCUCAUUCUUUUAUCAAACCUCAGGGUCCAGAAUUGAAAGAUUCAUUCACUCUUGAAGACAUUGAAGAAAUUAUUGAGGAUCUCAGUCAGUUGUUUUGUGAAGUAAAUAUGGUCCAAGUUGGUGAAGGCACAAGUCAUGCCAAUAUGCAGCUCGUGGGCUCAGGUUUUGAGUUAAGCAAUUGGGAAGCCACUCCUUUCCCCAUAAGGAAGGAGUUGUGUUCUGUAAAUGACGGCUUUGAUAACAUGACAUGCAUGCGGAAUUCACUCCCUGAUUUAAAAGAGUUGUUUAUUCUUGAAUCACCAAGUCAAGAGUUUGAGCACAAACCGAAGCCUAAUCUUAGUGAAACUGAGACAAUCAAUUUGGGAAGUUCCGAGGAUAUUAAGGAAAUAAAAAUAAGUUUACAUGAUCAGGAAAUUAGAGAGGAGAUAAUAGAACUUUUGUUUGAAUACAAAGAUGUAUUUGCUUGGUCUUAUGAUGACAUUCCAGGUUUGAGUGUUGAUUUAGUGGUUCAUAAGUUGCCCGUUUAUCCUGAUUUUCCACCCGUCCAACAGAAAAGAAGGAAAUUCAAACCGGACGUGAGUGAAAAAAUCAAGGAAGAAAUAAUGGAACAAUUGAAUGCAAAGGUGAUCCAAGUUAUUUGUUACACUACUUGGUUGACAAAUGUUGUUCCUGUGCCGAAAAAGGAUGGAAAGACAAGAGUUUGUGUUGACUAUCGGGAUUUGAACAAGGCUAGUCCAAAAGACAACUUUCCAUUGCCAAAUAUCCACAUCCUAGUUGAUAAUUGUGCAAAACACGAGAUGCAAUCUUUUGUGGACUGUUAUGCGGGGUAUCAUCAAAUCUUGAUGGAUGAAGAGGACGCUGAGAAAACUGCUUUCACCACUCCAUGGGGAACUUAUUGCUACAGGGUCAUUCCAUUUGGUCUUAAAAAUGCUAAAGGCGACUUACAUGAGGGCUAUGACCACCAUGUUCCAUGA